AUUUUAUAGCGUUAAUCAUCUCAAGCCUAUACCUUACCAACAUAGAUAACGGUACAUAGCGUAGAGAAGUCUGCUCAAAUCAGUUCCCUUUCGAGAGCUUUCUCUCAACAUUGCGGCUAGCAGUUUUUUUUAUCAGAAAACUUGCUUGAAUAAUUUUCAAACCGUUUAAAAGUUUUACUCCUACGGACGUUGACCUCGUUCAAUAUUGGCUUUUGCAAUGUGCACCAGUCUACAGUUUGUAGAGGACACGAUCAAGCCAUGGACAUCAAUGUUGUAAAUUCUCUUACAUACGAAGAUUUCGUUAAAAUAUUUGGUAGCUUGGUUGAGAAAUGCCCGCUUAUAUCGGCUGCAGUAUGGUCACGUCGGCCAUUCAAAGACCUAGCAGACUUCGAGACUCACAUAACGGAAUUCAUUCACAAUCUUCCCGACUCAGGUAAAGAGGGCAUCUUGCGGUGUCAUCCUGAUUUAGCUGGCCGAGAUCUCCAAAGCGGGACGCUAACACGAGAGUCUCAAGAGGAGCAGAGUCAGGCCGGUAUGGACACACUGGAUUCCGCCGAGAUUUCGCACAUGUAUCGUCUGAACGCGCAGUACAAAGAGCGCUUUGGCUUCCCUUUUGUCAUUUGUGCCCGUCUGAACAAGAAAGCAGAGAUUUUGCAUCAACUAUCUGAACGUCUCACGAAUGACCGUGCAGCGGAGAGAGAGGGGGCAAUCGAAGAGGUCAAAAAAAUCUGUAGCCUCCGAUUGCGCAAUAUUGUCCGAUCUGACAUUCAGACCAAACUGUAAUACAAAGUAGGCUAACCUAAUAUAAAAUGUAACCUUGUGGUUCGCGCUUCUCAUCCAUAUCUGAAUGCAUUUUGUUAGGUCUAAAAAAUGAAUAAGGAAACACACAAACAAACAAGAAUGUCAAAAUAAACUAUAUAAAAUAAAGUUUAUAAGAUAGCCUACAUGAAACCAUAAUGGUGACAAUGUCGUCUCAUACACAUCAUAUAAGAUGUCCAGCCGAUUAAAUGACAUUUCAGCUUUACAUUAUUUGUUAAAGGUUGUAUGAGCAAUAAAACUGAUUAAUUAUUAAUUACUAAUAGAGGUAUUGUGAGGUAUUCCGCUCUUAUUUGUAACCAAUUAAAUACAUGACAUGUGU